CUCCCGGCAAUGCAUCCCCAUCCCCCACACGGUGGCCGUCUCUUCGGGUGAAAGCUGUCUUCUCUGCGCCACUGGUCCGACAAAACGCUGCUGUAGCAGAGCCAGUCCGCACCGACCUGAGAUCAGAGCAGACACACGGGAGCGACAUCACGUACUCGCACACAACACACGGGGAAUCUUUUUAUUUGUUCGACCAAGUGAUUUGCAUAUCCACUUCCACUCCUUCCUCAUUUGCAUACAGCAAGAAUGGCGAGCGGGCAUCCCACAGACAAAUUCAGUUUCAUGUAUCAACCAGACACGCACAAGAGUAAGAACAGGUUAGCUUCAGCUAUGAAUCCCGUCUACAGCCCUGUUCAGCCUGGCACCCCAUAUGGAAACCCUAAGAACAUGGCCUUUGCAGGCUAUCCAGGAGGGUAUCCUGCCGCGGCUCCCACCUAUACACCCAACCUUUAUCAAACAGGCAGUCCUGGGUAUCCACCAGGCUACCUGAAGCUGUUGCUGUGUGGAUAUACUUCAGCAGGCACCCAGUACAAAGUGCCCCCCACUCAGUCAAAUGGAGCGCCCCCUCCCUACACCCCCACUCCCACCCCAUACCCAACAGCCAUGUACCCCAUCCGCAGUGCCUACCCUCAGCAGAACCUAUACACACAGGGAGCGUACUACACCCAGCCGGUGUAUGCGGCUCAGCCGCACGUGAUCCAUCACACCACCGUGGUGCAGCCUAACAGCAUCCCCUCCACGGCCCUCUACCCGGCCCCCGUCCCCGUACAAGCUCAACGCAACAACGGCAUGGCUGCCAUGGGGAUGGUAGCUGGCACAACCAUGGCCAUGAGUGCAGGGACCCUGUUGACAACGCCCCAGCACGCCCAGAUCGGAGGACACCCAGUUACUGUGCCAACCUACAGGCCCCAAGGGACACCUGGGUACAGCUACGUACCGCCCCACUGGUAGAGCCCACCCAUCAUAUCUGGAGUCCACCAUUGUAUGCAACUGCUCAAAUCUUACACGGGCUCCCAAUGGUAACCAUGGGAACUCGGCACCUGUCUGCAAGAACAAAACUAAAGUGCAACAGCCACUUUACUAUUAUUGUUAUUGUUAGUAUGCGACAUUCUCUAACGUUUUUACAAAAAGCUGCUUUUAUUUUUCUCUGUUCAUUUGCCAACCAGUCAUUAUCUUGUUUUCUAUGGUUUGUUUUUAGUUCUUAUUUUUAUCUCCUCAUCUUUUUGUUUUUAUGUGUCUGUCAUUGGAACUCCAGAAGGACUCUUGACCAAUCACGGGUGUCAGUUGCUCCUGUUUCUGUGUUGUGCUGGUGUGUGUGUGUGUGUGUGUGUGUGUGUGUGUGUGUGUGUGUGUGUAUGUGUGUGCGUGUGUGUGUGGUCCUUCCUGCUGCUGCUGCUGCUGCUCAGUUGGCUGGAAUAUAUUGGGCACUUAUUCCUCGUUAUCAUCUCCGUCAGUCACUACAAAGACUUAUUGACUUAAGCUGCCAAAGUUUUAACAACUAGAUAUCAGCACAGGGUUUUAACAUUAAGAGCAAUUUAGCUUUCUGGGUUAUUUAAGUUUUUAUAUCCUUCUUUCUUUUGACCACAUUCAACUGAAUUACUUUUUUCUACCUUUUUGUUCUUCCUUCGUCUUUUUCCUUUUUACCCUUUUUUUCCCACUUCUUGUUUUCAGUUUUAACCUCAGUCGUCUUCCAGCGCGUAGCUGUCCGUCUGGCAGUAGUCAGUCCAUCGUCCCCGUCGUUACAUCUCCACGUGGGUGCUAUGAGCAGAGCACUUACUGACCAUUACCCAUCCUGCUGCGUGUCCCACUGUGUCCACAUCGCACACAUGAAGACAACAUCACUGCCUUCAUGCUACAUACUAUGCAGGCUAGUAUGUUGUGACACUAUCGGAAUCUUAACAUUAGCGUAGGUCACUGCGUUUAGAAAAUGUAAGAAUAUUUAUAAGAACCGUGUCAACGGCGUUGGGUGGUCAUGCUCACUUUCACGCACGCACACAUACACACACACAGGGGCUCCUGUGGUGCGUCGGAAAACACACGAUCUCUUAGUGGCACUUACUGCACAAUGCCUUCCAGUUAGGUUGUUACUGAUCAACACACACACACAUGCAUGACAUGGAUUUGUAGGGGCGGGCGUGGCAGACAGCAGCAGAGAAGGAGUUUAAAGGGAUUGUGUUGCCGCAAAGAGAGGAGGGAGGGACAAGACGGGGAGAUCAGACAACGAGGAGGGAGGGAGGAAGGGAGGAGGAGGAGAUAACAUAUUCACAGUCAGGUCCGUUCCUGUCAAAGGUACAAGACAUUUGAGUUUGUGCCAUUUUGCACUACUUGCAUUGUACAUUGAUUCCUCACUGCGAUUACACCGCCUCCUCCUUCCUUCUUCCAGGCAAGGACUUUGUAACCAAACACUCAGCAAAUAGAAACCCAGACUCUUGAGCAUACAGGUAUCGAUGGACCAGUCCAAUACACGUGUGCCGGUAGAUGGAUAGAGUUCAAUCCACAAGUCCAUUCCACAGUUUGUGCGAGUGCUGAAAACACCAAACCAAUGGCGUGUCGUUGUGCACCACAUUUAGGAAGAAGUUGUGGCCGAUCAGAGGAUGUUGACGUGUGUCCAUGUCAUAGUGAUGAUUAGGUGUUCUCUGAAUUUGGGUUAACAUUUUAGCUUAAUACAUGCGGAUUGCAGGAGGACUCAAAAAGGUGCUGGUUUUAGUGUUCAUGGCUAGUUUAAGACAUUUCGGAUAAUUUAGCGAGUGUGCAGAGCCGUGAUGACGUGUUGUCACUUCAGUCCAGUUGACUUUUGAGACUUUUAGCAGUUUUAUGAAAAGAUGAAUCCAUGUGUCUAUUUUUAUUUUGUUUGUUCACAUUUCUGGAAAAGACGCAUAUCUGCUUUUACUGACUGCAUUUUAAACAUAAUUCUCCGUUUAAAAAAAAAUAAAUAAAUAAAAAGUAUCCAGCAUAACCUUGAUUGUCAUCAGAUGAGGAUAAUUGAGCCAAUGAGACGUGGAGCAUAUACAGCCAUUCUCUCUUGCCUUCUUAUUCUCAUACAUGUAAAGGCAGUAUGACGACCCAUUCUAACACUACAAACAUACCAAGUAGUGGUGGUGGGGUUUAAUAUUUAGGUAGUAAUGUUAUUAUUUCAGGAUUUACACACAAAAAAAAGACGACUUCAUGAUCAGUAGAGUACAGAUUUGUAUAACAAAAGCAUUUACUGUGUGGGUAUAUAGAUGAAGUGGUUUGAUAUUGCAAUAAAAUAAAGAGGGAACGCCUCCAGCUGUUCACAGACACUAAUUAUCAGCGUCUUGAAUUGAUUUUGUUUUUUAAUGCUUAUUAUUGUAAUCUUUAAAUAUGGAUUACAGGCUCUGUAUGCAGCCUCCAUUCAAUAAUUAUUACAGUUACUGCUAAGAAGUGAAGUAGAACAUAUCAAACAUUUGGGUAUUGAAUAACUUUGUGAGGGAAUAUUGCACAACUUAAUACAAAAAAAAAAAAACUUGAUGACUAUAAUGUAACGCUAAGUAAGAGGUACCUAGGCUUUGUAGUGCAGGAGGGAGGAAGAAGCAAUUUAUAUUGUAAUUACAAAUAAAACAAUAAGGUUGUUUGAGGUAUUCUUAGUCCAGAUGUUUGUACACUAGUAGGUUAAUUCUGCAUAAAGCCGCUGUCGGAUGAAAACCGCCCCUUGUGUUUUAGGAGGUAAAGUGGUUCAAUAUUAUCGGGUCGUACGUGUUCCCACCACCUAAACGCUCUUGUACAUUUGAAUUAAAGCCAGUUAAAAUUGAAAAGAAUCCAGAAAGUGUGUUUUCUUGCGACAGCAGUGAUGUUCCUCAUCAUUAGGAUUUAUUUAACCAACCACUACUUCUGUCAGUAUUUCUCAAUCAAGUCUUACGGGGUCAUUUUCUUCUUUCACUCUGGUCAAUUGAGCGUAAUGGGUAUGCAUACUAUUCAGGUGUAUUUCACUAUAGCAUUGGAUCUCUAAGUUUAACAAAAAAAAAAAAAAAACGCAGUAUAUUUAUACAGCAAGUGGUACAGUAAUGUAUUUCUAGCUAAGCAUGGUUGCAUCAGUGUGGCAGCUACUGUUUGUGCUUUUAAUAUAUCUAUAUUUUGACCUCUCCUGCAUCUCUGUCCUCUACAUAUCGGUCGCUGAGAAGGGGGGGGGGGGGGGGGGUUGAGACGAGGUCUGUCGACAAACUUGUGGAAAUUCCCGUCACCAAAUCCCACGUUUUUAAGUGUUGCCUGAACUUACAGACCUCGAGAAAGCAGCGGAUUAAUGACGGAACUGAAAUGGACACGUGCUGUUUGUUUCUGUUCUGUGGAUGUAAAGAACGAUGAAUGGAAACCCUCAGCCUCCAUGCCCUUUGUGCUGUGCCAUAUUUCACACGACCGUUAAGUAAAUAUUAGUUUCUUCUCCUAAGUAACUGGUGAAUUCUGAGUCCUCGUUAUGUCUAGCUUCCUGUGAAUCUGUGUUUUCCUGUUACUGUCCUAAUCCCUUGAUGCGUAUUGCCUUUUUCUCAAUUUUACCUUUCUUACUGUAUCCUCUCUGUGUUUAUCCUAUUUUUACCUCGGAGGCCAUUUUGCAUCCCUCCAGCCAUUCAAACGUUCCGUUUGCAGUUCAUGCAGGGAUGCAAAAUGACGUUGGAUCCUGUGUUCUGCUCCUUUAACACUCUGCUCUGUGGUUUCUGGUCUUCAUGUGCUAUCAGUCUGACUU